UAAACGAAGCGGUCUCAGGCGCUAAUGAGGCGCUAAUGUUCACGGAAAGUCGAGCGUCCAGUGAGUGUGCAUCUUUUCAGUGACAGAGUGCGUCGAUCGGUAUGCGUACGCUGGUCUGCGACAAGCGAAGUAAAAGUCGUCUAUAAGUGCGCAGAACUUGAAGUGUCGCUCUCAUACACGGGACGGAGAAUUUAGAUAAAGCCUAACGCUUAUCAUCGUAAUUAAUGCAGUAUUAAAAGAGUCCAAGAGUCGCACGAAUCGCACUUCAUCAAACUGUACGCACGCUUCGUUUCGGCGCUCGAAGGCUUUCGAGUUGCAUCUAGCGCUAAUCCCGGCAAAUUAACUCAUGUAACUCAUGUGAGAAAAACCUUUCGAUUAGAUUAAUUGCUUUCAUGAGAUUUCAUUAGAUUACUGUUAUCGCCAUCACGAUAUUGGACGCAUGUCGAUGUAGUAUUCCCCGAAUGUUUACAUCCAAUUUGUACGAUAGAUAUUAGCUCGUGCUCAGACGGAAAGUGUUUUAAUGCUCGAUGGGAAAAUAUACGCGUUAAAGCGGCGAACUGUGCACACUCGCGUUAAAGAGCUCGGCCGUUAAACAGCUGUGCGAGCGCUUGUGCGCGCACGUAUGACUAGGCUCACGUAUAAUCGAACCCGUCACUGCAAACACAAUGCGCCCGUAAACGUCAUAAUCCUUCUUCCCGAUACUCCUUUGUGCCGCAAAGUGCGUGCGUUUGUAGAGCGGAGUUAAAAAUAGACUUCAGUAACCGAACGUCCUCACCGCGAUGACAAUUCCGCAACGUUAAAUCGAUACUCGAGGUGAACGAUCCGGUAUAACAAUUGAGUCAACGCUUGGUGUGAGCGUCGCGUUAUUAUUAAAAGCCGUAUUACAAGUGUAGUUUAUACAUCGUCAAUUGUAGCGUCGCUGAUAGUGACGCAUCAUGAAUUAUUAAUUGUUAAACGUAUUAUGAAUUAAAUCGCGCACAUAGCAGUGACGUAACGUUACAGAUUAUUGCACGCGACGCGAAUGGUUAAAGUAUUUAAUUCUGUAAAUUAUAAAAGCGUACAAGAAAGCGGUUGCUCUCGGGAAAUUUGCGCGUCGAGUACAAGUCGAGGAAAAUGCUUGACGUCGCGACGGAAUUACUGGACCGUCCCUUCCUGUUGAUCGGGCUCCUGUUCCUCGGUGCCUUGUACUUAUACUUCACGGCGACAUUCAACUUUUGGGAAUGCCGCGGCGUACCGUUCAGGAAACCGACUGUGCUCGUCGGCAACUUCAGCUCCUCGCUAUUAUUCCGCAAGUCAGUGCCGGAGAGCGUCGAAGAGAUGUACCAGUGGUUCAAGGAUGAAAGGUUCUUCGGUGCGUUUCGCGUAAGAUCACCCGUCCUGAUAAUACGCGAUCCCGAUCUGGUGAGGAGUGUGUGCGUGAAGGACUUUGCUUGCUUCUCCAACCGUGGGAUUCCGAUCAAUAACUUUCAGGACCCGCUCUCCGGACACCUGUUCAAUCUCGAAGGGCGCAAGUGGAAGGGCCUCAGGUCGAAAUUGACGCCCGCCUUCUCAUCGGGCAAGCUCAAGCGGAUGUUCUACCUGCUGGUGGAGUGCAGCGAGGAGCUGCAGAAGCUCAUCGACACGAGCUGCAACGUGGAUCGAACGGUGGUCGAGGUACGGGAGCUGGCGGCGAAAUUCACCAUCGACGUCAUCGGCAGCUGCGCCUUCGGCAUACAGAUAAAUGCGCUCACCAACGAGGAAUCCGAGUUUCACAGGGCGGCAAAGAGGCUCUCGAAGCCAAGCUACAAGGCCACUCUCUGGAGGAUGCUACGAACGGCCGUGCCGAGGCUGUACAGGUGGCUGGGCGUGCAGGUCAUCGACCCGAGUGUCACCAGGUUCUUCAAGAACGUGGUGUCGCAAAUGAUCAGCCAGAGGGAGGAGAACAGCACGAGGAGGCACGAUUUCAUGGAUUUACUGGUCGAGCUGAAGAACAGAGGCACGUUGGAGAACGAAGCCGGAAGCACGCAGUUCUACAGCGAGGAGGACGCCCAGGCAGCUAAGGAAAUCGAAUUGGACGAGAACACCAUCGCGGCGCAGGCGUUCGUUUUUUUCGCCGCCGGCUACGAAACAUCCUCCAACACAAUCGCGUUCUGCCUUCACGAGCUAGCUUCCAACCAGGAGAUCCAAGAACGGGCCAGACGAGAUAUCCGCGACGCCAUAGAGGCGCGAGGUGGAAAAUUAACUUACGAGGCGGUACAGGAAAUGAAAUAUCUCGACAUGGUAAUUUUAGAGACUCUCCGAAAGUACCCGCCGGCCCCGCUGCUUUCGAGAAAGUGCGAGUACAAGUACCAAAUACCGAAUAGCAAAGUGGAACUUCCAGCAGGCAUGCGGGUGGUCAUACCAAUUUACGGACUUCAUCACGAUCCGAAUUAUUAUCCCGACCCGGCGACGUUCGAUCCGGAGAGGUUCACGGAGGAGAAUAAACGUACGAGGCAUCCUUACACGUAUCUUCCAUUUGGCGAAGGGCCACGUAAUUGCAUAGGAAUGCGGUUCGCGUUGCUGCAGAUCAAGAUGGGCAUGAUAUCGUUCCUCAAGAAUCAUCGGGUCGAGAUCUGCGAUAAAUCGAUCGUGCCGAUCAAAUUCAGCAGACGGAGUCUCGUUACCUCGAGCGAGGCUGGCUUUUGGCUUUCUGUUACGCAGUCUUCUUAGAUCUGUAGAUCCUUUUUAUUUUUAUUUAUUUCUUUUUUUUUUGCGAAACGGAAAUGAACAUCGAUCAUUUGCAUAGUUGCAUUAAGGAUUUAUACGCGUGUAUAAAUAAUAACCUUUAAUGCACUAUUUAUAAAGAUUUCUUUAAUGAAAAAGAAAUGUUUCACAAGUUUUAAGCGGAUGUAAUCUUAUGUUAAACGCAAAAUAUUUAUGAAUGUGCUAUAAUAUGUAACAUUUAGAGUAAUAAUACAGUUUAAGAUAAAUAUAGAUCCAUAUUAGAUAAUUUAUCAAGAAAAGUAAGCGCAAGUGUCACAAAUCAAGACAUUCGCAUUAAAUGAAAUGACUUGUAAUAUUAUUGCGACAUUAAACGGUCUACCCGGCGCCAUCUAGUGGCGUCAUGAAACACACUGUACAACUUGAUAUUUGAAACUCAACUAAUCGGUUUGAAUCUCAACUGAAAAAGGCUUGAAUCUAUUUCAAAGAUAUUUUCAAUCGAAUCUCGUAUUUAAAUCGUUCUCAAUUAAUCUACGGAUGAACUUCGACGUCCUCAAGUGCUUUGUAGCCAAUAAAAAGACCCAUAUAUGUCCGAUGAUGAAUUAUAGAUGUUCUUAAAUAUAGGCAACAAUUGAA